CUGAUCUGUCAUCUUGAUUCUCGUCAUCAAUUAUUCACUCAAUUUUUUUUUUUUUAGCUUUGAUCUCAACAGUUGCAGACAGCACAACCAAACACAAUAUGGUUACUCGCUAGCUGCAUUAAAUUACAUGUAUUCCUCUCAACAACUUGCCCUCACCUGCUACUGAGAACUCUACUCCAUUAUUAUUACCCAAUAUAUCUUGCAGUUUUCAAGAAAAAACACCAUGUGCCUAAACUCAUAUUAUACUCCCUCACCCAUCCACCCUUCACAAUUCCCACAAAAAAACCCCACACUUGUUUAAUCAAACCUUGUCUUUCCACUUUUGUUGUUUGUCUUAAAUAAUCUUCACUGGGAUUUUUUUGGGUGUCCUUCAUUGAUUCUCUGUUGUUCAUCUGUACUGUUCUUAAUGUUUUUGGAAAUCUUGAUUUCCAUUUCUAUUUUUUAGGUGGAAAAAGAGAAUAUAAUAGCAUAAACCCCCCAAAAAAAAGAAAAAUAAUCAUCUCCAUGGCAAUAAUAAUAUCAAGAUUCUUUGUCAUACUCUGUUCAUCAUGGAGCCUUUUCUUGAUCUGGGGCACACAUCAGCUCCAAUCCUCUCAAACCCAGCUGCUUUUGCAGGUGAGAAAGCAUUUGGAGUACCCAAAACAGCUAGACAACUGGGUUGUUCCUCGGACCGAUCUCUGUUUUCAGUCCUCCCCACAAGUGAACAUCACAUGCCAAGACAACAUCGUCUCCCAGGUCACAAUACUCGGCGAUUCUCCAAAAAUCCUAUCCAAAAAUUUCUCCAUCGACUCACUCGUUGUGACCCUGUCGAGGCUAAACACCUUAAAAUCUCUGAGUUUGGUGUCCCUAGGAAUCUGGGGCUCGCUUCCCGAUAAAAUCCACAGGCUUCAAUCUCUCGAAUACCUCGAUUUGAGCUGGAAUUACCUCUACGGCUCCAUCCCCCAAACCCUCUCAAGAAUCACGACUCUUCGCGUUCUCAAAAUGGACGGGAAUUCGUUAAACGCCACUUUUCCCAGCUCAUUUCCGAAUCUGACGAGCCUAAGUUUGAGACAAAACAUGUUCGCCGGCCCCUUACCGUCCGAAUUGACCAAACUAACCUCGUUGACCGACAUUAACCUGUCGAAAAACUCGAUCUCUGGCGAAUUGCCCGAUCUCAGCAGCUUAUCCGGUCUACAAUGGCUCGAUUUGAGCCACAACGAGUUGAACUCGGUACUUCCGAGCAUGCCGAGGGGCGUGACCGUAAUUUUGAUGAAAAACAACUCCUUGUUCGGGAAAAUCCCCGAUCAAUACGCUGAGCUGGACCACCUUCAGCAGCUUGACCUCUCGUCAAAUGCGUUGACUGGCUCGAUUCCAGCUCGACUGACUUGCAGUGGCAAGCUCCAGUUGGUGGAUAUCUCGAACAACAGGCUGACUGGGCCCCUGCCAGCCUGUCUUAACUCGAACGCGAAAAAUAAGGUUGUUAGAUUUGGCGGGAACUGUUUGUCGGCCGAUCAGAAGCACCAGCAGCAUCUGGAGGCAUACUGUGUGGAGAGUAUUCGGAAAAAGAAUGAAGCUGAAGGGAAGAGUAAUAGUAAUAAUAGUAACCAUUUGGGAGUAUUGACGGGAAUCGUUUGUGGAGUUGGUUUGGUUGUGAUGGGAUUAGGGGUUGGAUUUUUGGUGCUGUGCAGACGAUAUUGCCCUCGGGGGACUUCAGAGCAGCACUUGCUGUCGAAUUUGGUGAACGAAAGCUCGGUUACAGGGUUCACGUCCGAGAUUUUAGCCGAUGCCAGGUUUAUAUCUGAUGCAGAGAAGAUGGAGAAGCAGGUAUUUCCAGCUCAUCGCCCGUUUUCGCUGGAUGAGCUGAAGGCGGCUACGAUUAACUUUGACAAGUUUGCUUUGAUGGGCGAGGGCUCGACCGGGAAGAUAUACAAAGGAAGACUAGAGAGUGGGGCCCAGGUGGCAGUACGGUGCUUGACCGUGUCGAGAAAAUAUACAAUCAGAAAUCUGAAGCUUCGACUCGACUUGUUGGCGAAGCUUCGUCAUCCGCAUUUGGUUUGCCUCUUGGGACACUGCAUGGAGAGUGACUGUAAACUCGAGUUUAACGGUGACAACAGAGUUUAUCUAAUUUAUGAAUACAUACCCAGUGGCAGUUAUCGAGCUCACCUUAAUGAAACUAAUUCAGAGAAGGUGCUGAAAUGGUCUGAUAGACUGGGCAUUCUAAUCGGCAUUGCAAAGGCUGUUCAUUUUCUGCACACCGGAAUAAUUCCUGGUUUCUACACCAACCGAUUGAAGUCGAGCAAUAUAUUGUUAAAUGAGCAGCGGAUAGGAAAACUGAGUGAUUACGGGUUGUCAGUUGUGGCUCAAGAGAUUCACAAGGACAAGGAAGAAGAUGGCCUUAAAUCAUGGCAAAUGAAAAGCCUAGAUGAUGACAUUUACAGCUUUGGGCUUAUAUUACUCGAGUCGCUUGUGGGGCCGUCGGUUCUUGCAAAGACGGAGUCUUUUAUGCUCAGUGAGAUGGUUUCUUUAAGCAAUCCGGAUAGCCAGAUGCGAGUAGUCGACCCGAAUGUGCUGGCAUCUUGCUCCCGAGAAUCACUUGCAAUCGUUAUAUCUCUAACAAUCAAUUGCAUUUCACGCGAGUCGUCAAAUCGGCCAUCUUUCGAGGAUGUUAUAUGGAACUUGCAGUAUGCAGCUCAAGUUCAGGCUACUUCGGAAGGGAGACCUGCAAAGACACAUCUAUCCCCAUAACUUUUUCCUCAUAUGUAAUUGUGUAUAAGUGAGUUUGAUUGCAUAAUAUGGAUAUUUGUAUCUUAAUUCUUGAGAUACAUCAGCUUGGUGUAAAAAUGUGUCUUGACUCUUGACAAAUUGCUAACUAUAACGGUCUUAACUCCAUUUUAAAACCGCAUUUUGCUCCAUUUCCAGCUUGACUAGAUAUCUUAAGUGGUUGUUGCUAUAUAGAAACAUCUUAUUAAGACAACAUUUUUCUGCAAGCAUCCACAAUGCAAU